AUGGCCGACGCAACCAGUAUCAAAGAACUCCCAUCUCUCACCGGUCUCCACCAACGCCGCAACCCACUGGAAGAAAACCCCUUCUUCCACCCUUCCCAUGGCUUCUACAUCACUCCUUCCGACGUCGUCCUCUCCCAGGUCGUUUACGAUCUCUCCGACGCCUCCCAGCCACACGUGGCCUACCACAGAGCUGGUCCCCGCCGAGAGAUCCUCUACGAGCCAUCGUCUGUGAAGGCGGCGAUCGUAACAUGCGGAGGUCUGUGUCCGGGGAUGAACACCGUCAUCAGAGAGCUCGUGGUUGGUUUGUGGGAGCUGUACGGUGUGAGAGAGAUCUAUGGAAUCCCAGCUGGUUACAGAGGCUUUUACUCCAUGGAAGCCGUCGAGUUAAACCCUAAGCUUGUUCAUAAUUGGCACAAGAAAGGCGGCACUGUCCUCGCCACCUCCCGCGGUGGCUUCGAUCUCUGUAAAAUCGUCGACGCCAUCCAACAAAACGGUUAUAACCAGGUCUAUAUAAUAGGAGGAGACGGCACUAUGCGCGGGGCAGUCAAGAUCUUCGACGAAGUCAGCCGCAGGAAACUUGAAGUGGGAAUCACUGGUAUUCCCAAAACGGUUGACAACGAUGUGGGCAUCAUUGAUAGAUCAUUCGGGUUUCAAACGGCAGUAGAGAUGGCUCAGGAGGCUAUAUCCGCGGCUCACGUGGAGGCUGAGAGCGCUGUCAAUGGCAUCGGACUAGUGAAGCUUAUGGGGAGAAGCACUGGACACAUUGCUCUACACGCCACACUAAGCAGCCGUGACGUGGACUGUUGUUUGAUCCCUGAGAUGGGAUUCUACCUUGAAGGCAAAGGAGGGUUGUUUGAGUUUCUGGAGCAGAGACUGAAAGAUCAUGGGCAUGCUGUUCUUGUUGUGGCUGAAGGCGCUGGACAAGAGAUGAUCCCGAGAACUGAAUCGCAGAAACAAGAGAGGGAUGAAUCUGGGAACCUUGUUUUCUUGGAUGUUGGAGUUUGGUUGAAGUCAGCGCUGAAGGAGUGGUGGGAGAGAGAGCAUCCAAAGGAGCUGUUCACUGUGAAGUAUAUCGAUCCCACUUACAUGAUAAGAGCUGUACCUGCGAAUGCUACGGAUAACUUGUACUGUACGCUCUUGGCUCACUCGUCUAUCCAUGGAGUCAUGGCUGGUUACACAGGGUUUGUGUCUGGUCCGAUCAAUGGGAACUAUGCUUAUAUCCCCUUAGAGGAGGUGGCACAGACUAAGAAUGAAGUGAACACGAGUGAUCCCAAGUGGGCAUGGGUGCGCUCUGUCACAAACCAGCCAGAUUUUGAAACGAAUUUCAAGGGGUAAAACACCGAGAAGAUUAGAUGGUAAGAGGAAUGAGAGAGUGAAGUUGAAGAUCUUGUAACCUAAUAAUAAUCUCACUAGUGUAUGAUCAAACAAUGCAACUAUCAAGGCAAGGCAAUCUUAGAUCCUUGAUCCUCUGGUAACUAUCUAAAUAACGGUAUAAUGCUUGAGAGUAAUGAGAAAGGGGGAAAGGUUGAUACAAA